AUGUUGGGGUUUGUCAGUGCCAAACACGACAGUGUGGUGGUGAUUCUCUGUCGAAUGCCGUGUGCACAGCUGCGUGACAUCAACUGGGAGACGAACGAGUGGCAGGCGUUGAUCAGUGAUAGACAGCUUUUGCCCUGGGUGGCUGAAGUGCCUGGAGAGGAAGCUAUGGUUAGUGCCAGGAAGGUUUCGCAUGAGCAGAUCACGAAACUUGAGGCGCAGUGGCGGUUGAAUAGGGAUGCGACGAUUGAGGAUCUUGAUAAAGUCGAUGCCGAGCUGGAAGAGUUGAUGCCGGUGCUUUUACGGUACCAGGACUCGUACCAGUACCAGAAUGCGUUUGCGCCGUUGGUGGAGGCCGAGGCGGUGUGUGACCGGAACUUGAAGGAGCUGCAGGCGUUGGAGCAUAUUUCUGUGGCGUGGCUGAUGGCGGAAAACGGGUGUCCUGUUGCAUCUUUUGCACUUCUGACCCAUGAAAAGGCCAAUUUGGUGGUUGCAGUUGGGGACGAGAUCAUUCUUCAUUAUCGCGAGCCAGGAGCAACCGACGCCGAUACUUGGGCGGGAAAGGGCUUUAUUGUAAGACUCCCCAGUGCUCGUCUGGAGGAAUUCAGCUUGGAACUCUUCCCAAACGGUGGAACUCCAGAUACGCCUCCUCCAGUGCAUGCAACUACAGGGUUCACAGCUGAGUUUGUGUGGAAGGGCACGUCGUACCAGCGGAUGCAAAAAGCGCUCCGUGUGUUUGCUACCGAGGAAGAGUCCGUCAGUUCGUUUAUUUACCAUAAACUUCUAGGCCACGAGGUUGUGCCGGUGGUUUUCUCCACCACGACGCCGAAACUGCUUUCUGUGAAGCGUUUGGCGAAACUCAACGGUUCCCAGGCGAACGCUGUGGCCACGGUUUUGCAGCGUCCACUUUCACUUAUCCAGGGCCCGCCAGGAACUGGUAAAACCGUCACUUCAGCUACAAUCAUCUACCAUUUGGUCAAAUUGCACAAACACAAGGUUUUGGUGUGUGCACCUUCCAACGUUGCCGUGGACCACCUUGCACAUAAACUCGAUACUAUUGGCAUCAAGGUUGUUCGGUUGACAGCCAGAAGCCGUGAGGAUGUGGAUUCGUCGGUUUCUGACUUGGCCUUGCACAAGCAAAUGGAGGAUCUGGCAUCGAGAAACCUCCAGAAACUCAUGCGCCAGAAACGGGAAGGCGAAAAGCUCUCUGAGGCUGGAGAGAAGUCGUUGUAUAACGGUAUGAGGAAACUUGAAACCGAGCUUAUUAUGAACGCUGAGGUUGUGUGUUGUACGUGUGUGGGCGCUGGCGAUUUCCGUCUUAGCGGGUUCAAUUUCCGGUCGGUAUUGAUUGACGAGAGCACUCAGGCCACGGAACCUGAAGUGUUGAUUCCUAUAGUGAAAGGAGCCAAACAGGUGAUUUUGGUUGGAGACCACCAGCAGUUGGGCCCGGUGAUUAUUGAUAAAAAAGCCGGCGAAGCGGGGCUCAAACAGUCGCUUUUCGAGCGUCUUAUUGCCUUGGGCCAGCUGCCGAUCCGUCUUGAAGUCCAGUACCGUAUGAACCCAGCGCUCUCUGAGUUUUCGUCCAACAUGUUCUACGAAGGGUCCCUCCAGAACGGUGUCAACCUGGAAGAAAGAGCGUGGCGAGGCCUGACGUUCCCCUGGCCCGUUCCAGACUGCCCCAUGAUGUUCUGGGCCAACUACGGUAAAGAGGAAAUCAGUGGAAGCGGCAUUUCGUACCUCAACCGUGUGGAGGCCAUGAACGUGGAGAAAAUCAUCACUCGGCUUUUCAAAGACGGCGUGCGUCCAGACCAGAUUGGUGUCAUUACGCCGUACGAGGGCCAGAGAGCGUACAUUGUCCAGUAUAUGCUGAUUAACUCGUCGCUUGUGGAUAGAAGAGCACAAUACGCCGAUGUGGAAGUUGCAUCCGUGGACGCUUUCCAGGGCAGAGAAAAGGAUUUUAUUAUUCUUUCGUGUGUGCGUGCCAAUGAAGACAGAGCUAUUGGGUUCUUGAAAGACCCCAGACGUAUGAACGUGGCCUUGACGAGAGCCAAGUACGGAUUGGUUAUUCUUGGUAACCCGAGGUCGCUUUCCAAAGAUAAUCUCUGGAACUACUUGCUUAUCCAUUUCAGAGAACGUGGAUGUCUUGUUGACGGGCCUUUGGACAACCUCCAGAUGUCCAUGGUGCCCUUGGGGAACCCCAACGAGAAGAAACAACGGCAACACGAUGCACCAGGGCCUAGGGUGCAUGCAAACGACUUCGAUACGCAAAGCAUGCUUUCUUAUGUGGGAGACGACAAUUUGUCAAGCAAUGUGUUUUCCAACGACAACGAGCAAAAGUGGCCCAAGCUUAAUGGCGUUGAACUUGAUGAGGAUAUGCGGAAAGCCGCCGAGAUGUUUGCUUCUGGGCUUAAUCUUUAA